AUGGCCCACACUCAGUCCGCAGCAUGCUGCAAUACUCCAGCAGUCAUCAGCAAGGGCUAUAAGGAGAAGGGCGACUAUAUUACCGUCGAUGCAACCUACGCAGAUACUACCGGACCUUCCUCUGCCAGCCAAGGCAUUCUCGUCAUCUACGACAUCUUCGGCUUUUUCCCACAGACCCGACAAGGAGCAGACAUUCUCGCACACUCGGACAAGGAGCAUCAGUAUCAGAUAUUCAUGCCGGAUUUCUUCGAUGGUAAACCCGCAGACAUCUCAUGGUAUCCUCCUGACACGGAGGAGAAGGGCAAGAAGCUCGGCGAGUUCUUCCAGACUGCGGCCGCCCCACCAAAGACGAUCGAGCGGGUUAAGAAAGUCAUGAAUGAACUCCAGUCCAAGAAUCCCAAUGUCAAGAGCUGGGGCGUCCUAGGCUACUGCUGGGGUGGAAAGAUCGUCAACCUCGUCUCCCAGGCUGGCACUCCAUUCAAGGCCGCCGCCAGCUGUCAUCCCGCCAUGGUCGACCCCAAAGAUGCGCCAAACAUUACGAUCCCUAUAUUGUCGAUUCCAUCCAAAGACGAAGAUAAGUCGGCCAUGGAUCAGUAUGAGGCUGCGCUCAAAGUCCCCAAUAAGGUUGAAUGGUAUCAUGACCAGAUCCAUGGCUUCAUGGCGGCACGAAGCGACCUCGAGGACGACAAAGUCAAGGCUGCAUAUGAGAAGGCCUAUCAGACUGUACUUGGUUGGUUCCACCAGCACUUAUGA